GUUUUUUAUAAACAAGCACGGCCUAAACGAUCUUGAUCAAUAGCUUCGCGCACUUUGCUUAUCGCAGUUUUAGCCUAGAUAAAUCACAAGUCAAUCUCAGACCUUUGUCUCGAAAGCAAAAUUACCGUCUGAUUUUGUUCUAUUUAAUCCCCAGGAGAAGAUACGCAUUCUGUAUCGCCUAUCCCCCGUCGUUAACCGGAAAUCAAUCGUUUUUCCAUGGCGCUCAAGUUUCUGAACAAGAAGGGAUGGCACACGGGCAGCCUCCGAAACGUCGAGAAUGUGUGGAAAGCCGAGCAAAAGCACGAAGCCGAGCAGAGAAAGCUCGAAGAACUCCGUAAGCAGAUCCACGAGGAACGCGAGAGAGCUGAGUUUCGUCAGCUCCAAGAACAAGCCGGCCUCAUUCCGAAGCAAGAGCGAUUGGACUUUUUGUAUGAAUCGGGAUUGGCAGUUGGGAAAGGGAGUUCCAGUUUCAAAGCGCUUGAAUCUUUACCAAAAACCGAACCUGAUGCCACUGCAUCAACGUCAUCUGCUUCUGCCAAGCAAUCCGCAGUGCCAGGAGCCCUUUUUGAGGAGAAAUCUCAGUCGGCUAAUGAUGCGUGGAGGAAACUUCAUUCAGACCCUUUACUUUUGAUCCGGCAGAGAGAACAAGAAGCUCUUGCUCGUGUCAAGAAUAAUCCUGUCCAGAUGGCCAUGAUUCGCAAAUCUGUAAGUCCCGAAUCGCUUGUACAAGCAGAAAAGGAAAAAGACGUGAAGAAACACAAGAAAAAGCAUCAUCACAGGAAGAAAUCCAAACACCGUUCGCACUCGUCUGAAAACGAAUCUGACCACGAGAAACAGACAAGAAGCCAUCACAAUAGUUCCAAACCUGACAAGCCCUCCAGCAGGCGGGCCCACUCUUCCUCAGACAAAGAAACGGGCCGAGAGGACGCUCUAAGGAGGAAAUAUCGCGAGAAAAAUGACGAUCGUCAUAAAAGUAAGACGACAAGAGAUUAUUACACUUCUCAACAUGAAGAAACGCGGGGACAUCUUGGUUCCUCUUCUGAUAGGCCUCCGAGGCCUGGGCCCAACGACAGCAGCAAGCCUCGAAAUCCCGUUAAGCUUUCUGAGGAGGAGAGGGCAGCUCGGCUUAGGGAGAUGCAGACAGAUGCUGAGAUACACGAGCAGCAGAGAUGGAAAAGACUGAAGACAGCGGCUGAUAGUGAGGCCCACGAAGCCGUUAAGGAUCAGGCUUCUGUUGGGAGGAAUUUCUUGGAUUCUGUUCAGAAGAGUGUGUAUGGUGCUGAGAAAGGAGGGAGCAAGUCUAUUGAGGAGAGCGUAAGGCGCCGGAUGCAUUAUUCUCAGGGUAGAUCGGCGGCCGAAAGCAAUGCCUUUCGACGGUCGUGAUCUGUUCGUGGAAUUCUUGGACUUUAUUAUAUUUUAUUGUAAUUUUCUGUUCUGAAUUUCGUUUGUAUUGAGAACUGUAUGUGCGGGCCUCUGUUCUUUUAUUUAAGUUCGGACGAAAUCUUGUGUUAUUACUCGUGCUGACUUUUGGCCAUAAUCUUACCUUGAACUGGUAGGCGAUUGUCAGUCAACAUAAGUCAGAAUCGUAUAAAGAACCGUAGGGUAAGGUCAUGGAGAUGGGAACACUUUUAAUGCAGGCCUUCCGUGCAUAGUAAUCGAUGACUUUAACAUGUGGUUUGCUGGUUUUGCUCAUUCUUGUUGCCUUAACCCGUACCCGUCCCAGCCUUACUGAUCUCAGCUUAGUAUUUAAUAUAAAAACACUGCUAUUAACUGAUUGUCACACUAGUGAAGGUAACUCUACGGCUGCAGGCCUAAAAAAU